CAGCUUCGAGCUCAGAACCAGGUGCUGAAAAAAGGGGUUGUAGAUGAACAAGCCAAUUCUGCUUCUCUAAAGGAGCAGCUGAAGAUGAAGGAUCAAUCAUUGAGAAGACUGCAACAGGAGAUGGACAGUUUGACCUUUCGAAAUCAGCAGCUUGCCAAGCGAGUAGAGUUGCUUCAAGAUGAACUUGCUUUAAGUGAAACUAGGGGCAAGAAGAGCAAGAAAAGUGGAGAAUCUUCAUCUCAGUUGAGUCAAGAGCAGAAAAGUGUCUUCAAUGAAGAUCUUCAAAAGAAGAUAGAAGAGAAUGAGCGACUACACGUACUUUUCUUUGAAGCAGAUGAGCAGCACAAACGUUUAGAAGCCGAGUUGAGAAGCAGGCUUGAUGUUUUGGAAACAGAUGCUGCCCAGCAUCAAGCUGUGGUGGACAGUUUAACACGGAAAUACACAGAUACCAUAGAAAAGCUGCAGAAUGAUAAAGCCAAAUUAGAAAUCAAGUCUCAGACACUAGAAAGAGAAGCUAAGGACUGUAGGCUUCGAACCGAAGAAUGCCAACAGCAAUUGAAGAACCUUCAAGUGGCUUUGGGCAGUAGACUUGAAGAAUCUCUAUGUAUAAUCAAUGAAAAAGUACCUUUUAAUGACACACGAUCUAAUCGGUACAAUGCUUUGAAUGUACCAGUACAUAACAGAAGAUAUCAGCUGAAGUUGCGAGACCUUGCUGGACAGGCACUAGCUUUUGUUCAAGAUCUUGUAACAGCUCUUCUAAACUUUCACACGUACGCUGAACAGAGAGUCCAGAUAUUUCCUGUUGAUUCUGCAACAGACACUAUAUCACCAUUAAAUCAGAAGUUCUCACAGUAUCUUCACGAAAAUGCUUCGUACAUCCGCCCUCUGGAGGAAGGAAUGCUGCACUUGUUUGAAAGCAUUACGGAAGACACUGUGACCGUGCUGGAAACAGCUGUGAAAUUGAAGGCUUUUGUGGAACACUUGUCUUCGUACUUGUGCUUUUUAAGAAAGAUUCUUCCUUACCAAUUAAAAAGUUUGGAAGAAGAGUGUGAGUCUUCUCUUUGCACAGCUGCCUUAAGAGCUAGAAAUAUGGAGUUACACAGAGACAUGAAAAAGUUGACUGCCGUCUUUGAGAAGCUACAUGUGUACAUUAGUCUCCUUGCUCUACCAAGUACAAAACCAGAAGGUCUCCUUAGGACAAAUUACAGCUUCGUAUUUACAAACAUUGCUACAAGUCUUCAUGGAUUUCAUGAUAUUCUGAAAGACAUUUCCAAGCACUACAGUCAGAAAGCAACUUUAGAACAAGAGGUUCCAACAGCCACACAGAAACUUAUAACAACAAAUGACUGCAUUUUAUCCUCUCUUGUGGCUCUAACAAAUGGAGUGGGCAAGAUCGCCUCAUUCUUUAGCAACAAUUUGGAUCACUUCACUGCUUCAUUGAGUUAUGGGCCUAAGGGAGGAACAGAAUUCAUCAGCCCUCUUUCAGCUGAGUGUAUGCUGCAGUACAAGAAGAAGGCAGCUGCCUACAUGAAAUCUUUGAAUAAGCCUUGCUCGGAUUCAGUGCCUUACGAAGAGGCUUUGGCCAAUCGCAGAGUUCUUCUGAGCUCCACAGAAAGCAGAGAAGGCCUCGCACAGCAGGUUCCGCAGAGCCUGGAGAAAAUUGCAAAACUUGAACAGGAAAAAGAGCACUGGAUGUUGGAGGCCCAGUUAGCUAAAAUAAAGCUAGAGAAAGAAAACAAAAAACUGAAGCACUCUCUUAGUGGACAUUUAGCUGAAUCUGUACAAGAGUGCUCUGUCUUGCCAAAUACAGCUGAGCAGAAGGAGGAAACCAUAGAGAAGAGGCAGAGGGAGCCUGUUAAAACUACGAGUUCGAUUGGGAUGUUGACUAUAACUACUGAUAAUGAAAAGGCUUCAGAUAUUGAGUCUCGUGAAGCCUUGAUAAAAAACCACUAUAUGGCAAGGAUAGCAGAACUUACAUAUCAUUUACAGCUUGCCGACAGCAAAUCAGUGCACUUUCAUGCCGAGUGUCGAGCGCUUGCCAAAAGACUGGCUUUAGCAGAGAAGUCCAAGGAAUCGCUUACGGAAGAGCUGAAACUAGCUAGUCAAAACAUCAGUAGAUUACAGGACGAAUUGAUGACAACAAAGAGAAGUUAUGAGGAUCAGUUAAGCAUGAUGAGUGACCAUCUCUGCAGUAUGAAUGAAACCUUAACUAAACAAAGGGAAGAAAUUGAUACACUAAAGAUGACUAGUAAGGGAAACCCUAAAAAGAACAAAAGUCGAUAGUUCCCAGCUG